AUGUCGCAUGAGAUGUCAUAUCUGGGACCCAGGGCCUUUAAUCAUGAGCAGAGCCGAGAUGCAGAAGCAGAAUACGACCGCCUGCGCGAUGCAGCUAGACACGAAGCUGCCCAACGCUCCUCAUGCUUCGAGAGAUCUCGCCAGGCAUAUGAAAACGGUGAUGGCCGACUUGCCAAGGAGCUUUCUGAGCAAGGCAAGGCGCACGGGAGGAAAAUGGAAGAAUUGAACAAGCAAGCCUCGGAAUUCAUUUUCCGGGAGAAUAAUGCGCCUGGGCGAGUUGAUUCUGAUACGAUCGACCUACAUGGCCAAUUCGUGGAGGAGGCAGAAGAUAUUUUGGAGAAGAGGAUAAAGUAUGCCCAACGGCAUGGGCAGACACAUCUUCAUGUCAUUAUUGGGAAGGGUAGCCACUCGGUCAAUCAUGUUCAAAAGCUCAAACCUCGAGUGGAACAAGUUUGCCGUGAUCUAGGUUUGCAGUAUACCACCGAGGACAACUCCGGGCGAAUCUAUGUCAACCUGACUGGCGGCGCCGUACACAUACCUCCAAACCAGCCACAUCACACCCCACAGCCCUAUAACCAACAGCAACAGCAAGAGCCAAACCCUGACGGGAUCCAGCAGGCAGUCAACUCGAUUGCUCCUAAUAUCAUUCGAAGGCUGGAAAAGGCCUGCUGCAUGGUGAUGUGA